CUUCAAACUGCUUCAAGGGGAAAAAACUGUAUUUCGUUGCUUUAAAAUGUACAAUUAGAUGGUUUGUGACUAAAGUUUUAUUUUUCUGUAUGGACGAUUCGAUUUAAAUUAAAUGUUAUGGUAAAUGUUAUGCUUCUAUGGUGUACCACGUGACCAUCAAACCCAAAACAGCAACGACCUGUGCUGCUGCUAGCGUUAACAAAACAGGUGGGCUAACAUCAGYACCAUGGACCGAACUGAGCUAAACGCGGAUUAUGGGUAUGGGUUAAUCACGGAGAGGAACACGGAUCAAAACAAGAACCAAUCAAUGAGAGACAGUCCGGUGACAAAGAACUACAAGUGUCGGAACAUGCUACACUUGGCAGUGGAAAACAGUCCAUAUGCCAAAGUCCUCCUCAGUGCCAUGAAGAGCUCAGGAUGCAGCGUGUUUAACGACCGACACUUCUCCUGUGAAGACUGCGACGGGACGGUCAGCGGGGGCUUCGAUGCCACCUCCUCUCAGAUCGUUUUGUGUCAGAACAACAUCCAGCAGCAGUCUCACAUGAACCGGGUGGUGACCCACGAGCUCAUCCAUGCCUUCGACCACUGCCGGGCCCACGUGGACUGGUUCAACAACUUCAGACACCUGGCCUGUUCUGAGAUCCGAGCAGCUAACCUGAGCGGAGACUGCAGCUUUAGCAACGAGCUCAGCAGGUUCAACUUCGGCCUGAAGCAGCAUCACCAGGAGUGCGUCCGGGACCGCGCCCUGCGCUCCAUCCUCGCGGUUCGAAAAAUCAGCCGAGAGGAGGCGAGGAAGAUCGUGGACGAGGUCUUYGACUCGUGCUUCAACGAUCACGCUCCUUUCGGACGGAUCCCGCACAGCAGGAAGGACGCCGAGUUCGCCUACAGGGACUACAUGAACAGGGACCGAUAUUACGCUAACCUUUAGCUGAUGUGAGCCUCGCUCUGCAGGAAAUAUUCAGAUCCCCUCAGAAGGAAGAUCAGAACUCACAAACACACCUGUUGGGUUCAGUCUGCCAGCAGUGGAUCAAACUUUUAAAGAUGAUGAAAAGUUUUUCAGCUUUAACUUGGCAGAUAAAAAGACUGGAUUAGUGGACGUUAUAUUUUAUUCUCAUUUCUGGAUUUAAAGGGACAACAUGGACUGACAUGGUUCCUCAAAAUAAGGUUAUGAACAAUCAGUAUCUCACCUGUUAUAGAUGGAUAUUUAAAUAACCACAGUUUGGAAAAACAUUUAAGUUUUUUUUUUUUUAACUGACCAAUCGGUGCUUUGAAGGAAAUCUGAGAUUUUCUUUAUGUCCUUAAAUGUUUGCUGUGAAAAUCCUAAAUCUGUAUGUGGUGAGCUCAGUGUGAUUUAAUAUAAAAAGAAUUAAAUUAAACUUGAAUAAGAGUUAUUUUUUUAUGUUUGUGACCAAAUGUGGAUGUUUAUAAAGUGCGAUGGCCGUUGGAAUUUUUUCCUGCUAAUAAAUAUGUAGGAAAAUAAAA